AUGCAUUUGAUGUACACUCUCGAUGAGGCGGGCAGCCGUGUCUACACCCUCAAGAAGGUUGUCGACGGCAAGGUCACCAAGUCUGCUCACCCUGCCCGCUUCUCUCCCGAUGACAAGUGGUCGCGCCAGCGCGUUACGCUCAAGCGUCGCUUCAACCUUCUGCUUACGCAGCAAAAAGCAAUCGAAAAACCAUACAUCCGUCCACUCGAUCCCAGCUCGUUCACGACACCAUGCGCCGCUGAGAACGACUCAUCCACAACAAAUAGAACAUGA